AUGGCUUUGGCACCAUCGCGUUUAUUGUUUGAAGAGUUUGACAAGGACGGAGAUAUUGAAGCAUAUCUAGACAGGCUUGAUCAAUAUUUUAUCGCUUUGGAUAUCACAACGGAGACCAGACAUGAGGGUAAGCGUAAAGCUAUUCUUCUCAGUAGUAUUGGUAGUGACACGUACAAAACGGUGAAAGAUUUGGCAUUUCCAAGCAAACCAAGUGAGAAAACGUAUGAUGAACUCAGUGGAAUUUUGAGGGGACAUUUCCGUCCUAAGCGCUUGGUUGUAUCAGAAAGGUUCAAGUUUCAUAAUGCUAAGCAAUCACCAGGUCAAACAAUCUCAGGCUUUGUCUCCUACCUGAAAAAGCUUGCUUCUUCAUGUGAAUUCACAGGGGGAGCAUUAGAGGAAGCUCUACGAGACCGCUUCAUUGCAGGCUUGUACUCAAGUUCCAUUCAGAAGAAACUUUUGUCCAAGAACUAUAGAUUCCAGGAAGCUGUGGAAUUAGCAUUAGCAGAGGAGGCAGCAUCAUGUAACAUCAAGGACAUGUCCAAUACUAAAGUAGAUGAUGGGAAGGUGAAUAAGGUGUCAUAUUCACACAACAGACGUAAAGAUGCUACCCAGGUCAAGCAGGGUCAAUCUAGUACAAGUAAGCGACCUAAAUGUUAUCGCUGUGGACUGUCAAACCAUUCCGCGCAGCAGUGCAAACACAAAGACGCAGUGUGUUUCAAGUGUCAGAAAAAGGGGCAUUUGAAGUCGGAAUGUAAGUCAGGUGGGAACCAAAGAGGAAAAACAAAUUUUCCACGUCAAGAUAAUGGUCGCAGGUCAGUGAAACAGGUCAAGGAAGAUGAUGAUGAUGGAGCGUAUGAUGGUAAGAACAACGUAGACUUCCUAGACUCUGUUUUUCAUGUGAACAACGUGACAUCUCAGCCUCCAUAUAUCGUACCAGUAACAAUUGAAGGGGUUGAACUGCAGAUGGAAUUAGACACGGGAGCUGCAGUGUCUAUCCUCACCUAUGACGAUUACUUGAAACAUUUCAAGCAUGUACAAUUGCAAGCGAUCAGACGUCCGCUGCGGGUAUAUGGAGGUGCAAGGCUAGACUUAGCAGGAGAGAUUGAUGUGGAGGUCAAGUACCAGUACAUGAACCAAGCUAUGACUCUUACCUUGGUAGUCGUCAAGACUUCUCAACACGCUCCACCUCUCUUUGGACGAUCUUGGCUGAGGAAACUGAAGCUAGACUGGAAAUCAUUGAUCUCGGAUCCUCAGUAUUCAAUCAGUGUUGAUACAGAUGUGGGAACGGUUCUGCAGCAGGAGUUUGCGGAUGUAUUUAAGGAAGGACUUGGGAAAGCUAAAGGCCCACCAGCGUCAUUGCAUCUGAAGGAAGGUGCUCGACCAAAGUUCUGCAAGGCACGCAACGUUCCUUUUGCUCUACGUCCUGCAGUUGAGGAGGAACUGAAACGUAUGCAGGAAGAUGACAUCAUAUACCCUGUAGAUUACAGUGAAUGGGCAACCCCAUUGGUAUGCAUACCGAAGGCCGAUGGACGGGUACGCCUAUGUGGAGAUUACAAGGUGACUGUGAAUCAGCAGAUUCAUUGUGACCAGUACCCCAUUCCUACUACAGAACAAGUCUUUUCAAACUUGGUGGGAGGAAAGAAGUUCUCUAAGAUUGAUCUUAAAUGUGCAUACCAACAAAUGAUGUUGGAUGAAGCUUCGCAGGAACUGGUGACAAUCAACACCCACCGAGGUCUCUUCCGCUACACCAGGCUGCCAUUUGGUAUAUCAUCUAGCCCAGCUAUUUGGCAGAAAUUCAUAGAGCAGGUCAUAUCUGGACUGGAUUGUACUUGCGCCAUCAUGGACGAUGUGCUCGUGACAGGAAACACAGACCAAGAGCACAUGAGAAAUCUGAAGCAGGUAUUCCAGCGUUUCCAGAAGUUCGGACUUAGGGUGAAGAAGGAGAAGUGUUCCUUCAUGAAAGACAGUGUGGUCUACUUUGGGCGGAAGCUAUCAUCCAAGGGAAUUCAACCAACGAGUGAUAAGGUUGAGGCAGUUCGCCAUGCCCCAACCCCAAAGAAUGUGUCAGAGUUGCGCUCCUGGUUAGGAAUGGUUAACUAUCACGCGCAGUUCAUUCCUAAUCUUUCUACAAUGGUCCAUUCCUUGAAUGAACUACUUGGAUCAAAGCCGUGGUCUUGGGACAAGGACUGUGAUAAUGCCUUCCAAGCUGUAAAGAAGGCGAUUUCUACAGAGAGAUUGCUUACACACUAUGAUCCAGAGCAGGAGCUAGAACUGAGUGUAGAUGCUUCACCCUAUGGAGUGGGUGCAGUUAUCUCCCAUGUGAAUAACAAUGGCAACAGGAAGCCAGUAGCAUAUGCCUCAAGGAGCUUGAAUCAGCAUGAGAAGGGAUAUGCACAGUUGGACAAGGAAGCACUGGCCAUUAUGUUCGGUCUUCAGCGUUUUCGCACGUACCUGUAUGGAAGGAAGUUUGUGAUACGUACAGAUCACAAGCCCCUGGAACGGAUUCUAGGUCCAAAGACUGCAAUACCUACCUUGGCUGCCCAGAGGUUGCAACGAUGGGCAAUCAUCCUGUCAGCUUUUGAUUAUGAGCUGAAGUAUAUUCCAGGCAACCAGAAUCUUGUGGCAGAUGCUUUGUCACGACUUCCCUUACCGGAAACUGUGCAAGGAGAUGACGACAUCUAUAACAUUGCAGCCUAUCACAUUGAGAGCCUUCCUAUCACUAGCAAAGAAAUACAGAACAAGACAAGAACAGAUCCUGUGCUUUCUAGGAUUCUUCACAUGGUGAAAACAGGAACAUGGGUGGAGGACAAACAAGAUGAAAGACUCAAACCAUUCAUCAGAAGGAAGGAUGAAUUAAGCAUGGAACAGGAUUGCCUCUUGUGGGGUUAUCGAGUAAUUGUGCCUCCUAGUCUACAAAGAGACAUUCUACAAGAGUUGCAUACAGCGCAUCCUGGCAUGGUGCGUAUGAAGGAAAUUGCUCGCAGUCAUGUUUGGUGGCCCAGGAUUGACUAUGACAUAGAGCAGAUGGUGAAGUCAUGCCAGACCUGCCAGCAGACGCGGAACCUUCCAACAGUGGCACCACUUAUGCCAUGGGUAUGGCCACAGUCACCAUGGACACGUAUACACAUAGAUUAUGCCCAGAAGGACAAGAAGGACUAUCUAGUCGUCACAGAUGCAUAUUCCAAGUGGCCAGAGGUCAUUAUGAUGUCAAGUACAACGUCAGCUGCAACUAUUUCAGCAUUGAGGGACUUGUUCAGCAAGUAUGGAAUCCCUCUGCAAUUGGUUAGCGACAACGGCCCACAAUUUGUGAGUGAGGAAUUCGAGGAUUUUCUCAGGAGAAAUGGUGUGAAGCAUGUCAAGGUCGCACCAUAUCAUGCAGCAAGUAACGGUGCAGCUGAAAGGAUGGUACAAUCCUUUAAAAGAUCAUUGAGUGCCAGCAAGGCUCAAGGUCGUAGUCUUCAGAAGUGCUUAGAUAGUUUCCUACUUACAUAUCGCUCAACUAAGCAUGCAACAACUGGACAGACCCCAGCAAGUUUGUUUCUGGGACGGGAGCUUCGCACACGUCUCAGCUUAGUCAGACCUAGUACCGAGGACAAGGUCAUUAACAAGCAGAGUGACCAAAAGCUUCAUCAUGACAAACAACAUGGUCUGCGUGAAUUCUUCCCUGGAGAUCGCGUGUUAGUCAAAGACUUUCGUCAAGAUGAAACUUGGUGGUCAGGAACAAUCGCUGAGCGACGAGCGCCAAAGUCCUAUGUAGUCAUCCUGGAGGAUGGCAGAGUCUGGAAAAGACAUGUGGAUCAGUUGCGUUCAGAAUGCAAGGUAUCGAUGGACGAUACCACUCGUACACAGGUGCCAACACCAUCAGCGCCUGUGAAUCCAACAGAGACUUUAGAAACUGAAAGACAUUUGUCUGCCCCAGAAAGUCUGGAGGGUAAUCACUCUCCCAUUCAGGCGAAAUCACAGAUCGAAGAUGAUCCAGAAACUAUGCCUUCCAAUCUUGGCGAGGCACUCCCUCUUCGACGUUCUAAGCGUGUAAGGAAGACGCCGGAUCGGCUCAUCGAGUCCAUGUAA